ACCUCUUACCAAACCCAUCACCCCCGCCUCACCUCGCCGAAACACUCCCCCGAAAAACCGCAAAAAUGGUCGCAAUGUACACCGUCUUCGGCCGCCAGGUCGGCUCGCACGUCCUAGCCAUCGCAACCCUCAGCGUAACCUUCGCCGGCGCAGCGCUCAGCAUGGGCGGCAGCAAGGCUGAGGCGUCGACGCAGCCGCCGAUUAAUGCGAAGACUAAGGAGGAGGAGAGCUUUGUUAAGGAUUACGUUAAGAAGGCUGCUGAGAAGGUGCAGGGUAAGGCGUAGAUGGAUUGAUGAGGGGAUAAGAGUGCGCGGGAUGAGAGGAUGGAUGAGCGUGGGAAUGGAAGGAGAAGGAGAGGGAGAAAAACUGUAGAUACGCCACUUGUACCAACAGCAUGACAAGACAAGAUAAGAUGAGACAGCCUUGGAACGAUACGAUUCUCCUCGACAUGCGCUCACUUGUGGGAGACGUGAGAUGUGAAGUGAAGUGAAGUGAAGUAU